AUGGACUCGGGUUGGGACUUGGUGUCGGACGACGGGCCCGACGACCAGCUGCGCGUCCACGUCUGCGACGACUGCGGCGCGAGCUUCACCAAGAACGCCCACUUGCUCCAGCACCAGCUGAGCCACACCGGCGAGCGCAACUUUGUCUGCCCGCACGACGCCUGCGGCAAAGCCUACCAACGGAAAGACCACUUGGUCCGGCACGUCAAGGCCGUGCACGAAGACACGAAGCGGGCCCACGUCUGCGACCGAUGCGGCGCCGCGUUCGUCUACAAGCAUGGGCUCACGAGGCAUGUAGCCGCAGCGCACGACAACGCGGCGCGGCCGUACGUCUGCACUGUGUGCCAAGCGGCGUUCAAGAAGAAGUCGGGACUUCAAGCCCACGCCUUUGUCCACACAGGCGUUAUACCGUUCCCGUGCCCUGAGCCGGGAUGUACGGCGGCGUUUACGAAGAAGUGCCUCCUGACCAAGCACACGCUCUCGAGCCACAGCGGCGCGACGCUCACGAUCGGCCUUUCCGACGUCGACGUCCAUUUCACGUGCUUGGUGUGUCACGCGACGCUGAGCUCGCGCAAGACGCUGCGCGAACACGAGCGGUUGCACGAGGGCGCACCGACGCGGUUCCCGUGUCCCGACUGCGGCAAGACGUACCUCUCCAAGACGAACCUCAACUCGCACACGCGCACCGUGCACGAGCGCGCGCGGCGGUUCGCCUGCGACGUUUGCCUCGAAGUCUUCACGUACAAGCACGUGCUCAAGCGGCACAUUGCGAGGUACCACGGUGACGUCGACCCGCAGCUCCGCACACCGCGGCAACGCCAAGGGCUCUCGCAAGACAAGAUCCGAGCGCGGCUCUUGGGUAGCCAGAAGAUGGAGCUACCAGUGUUGGCGCCGCAUGACGACGACGACGGGCUGUGGAUGCAGGCGCUCGUCGACGGCAUCCAGACGAAUGACAUGUCUCCGGAAGCCGAGAUGAUUCCAAAUCUCAAAGCCGAGAUCGCUCCGGACGUCAAGCCCGAAUCGACCAGUCUCGCGACGAUAGAGUUGUUGAAAUAG